UGUAUUCUAUAAUAAAGCUCAUUUCCUCUGAUGUUUGCUGGCGGACGGAUGGCGGGCCUGUGCUGGGGGGCCGUGUCUCUGGGCCUGUUGCUGUCUGUUGGGAAUAUUUGGGCUCAUUUUCCAAGACCAGACGAGGCCCAAAUUGCAGAAAUCGUCAAUGACCUCUGGAACAGGUAUCAACCGUCCUACAUCUCAAGAUUCAAGGAGGAAUUGAACGAUGAACAAGCUCAAUGCAGAUACCCCAUGUUCAGUCUGGCUGUGAGGAUCCCGUACGACCACGGCGUGCAACGGUACGACGUCAGCCGAGUCGCCGACCGCCCCGAUGACGUGAGGAAAGCGAUCGUAGGAUGUGACGUCUACGCGAGCGAGACGAUGGUCGCUGCCACGGUUUUGAAGUGGCCGAAUGUUCUGGAUCAGUGUCCUGAUGCACGGGUACCAUGGAAGGGAGUUCUCCUUCGAUGUGGGAUUUUGACAUGUGGCAGGGGUAUGACGUGGGCCGAGGUCCAGAGAGAAUGCCCUGGGGCAGUUCGUGACGGAAGAGCCAAUCACGCAGAGUCCCGCGUUGUGGACAACUUCAACACCUUGAUGGUUAAUCGCAACAAAGAUGAUUUCUUGCUUUUCUACGUUCUUGCUUCCCCGUGUGAUCAGAAAUGUGCUUCCGAGACGAGUCGUUUUAGCAUUUUGGAAAAAAUCAAUGUGAUUACGGAAUGGACAAACUACGCUGUUGUGUUUUCCGACUUGUUUAAGCCUAAAAAUGGAAAAGCGCCACCCGAGUGCAAACUCGAAAGAGCCCUCCAGCUGCUCGGGAAUCAGAUCGGGCUGCAGAACAUCUUCCGGUGCGACGGCUCGGUGCCGUGCACGAGAUGCGACAGCGGCGAUGAUGUCACGCCCUUCUGUUACAGCGACGACCCACGACACGCUCCCAAGGCUAUUUCCAAAGCCGCCCCUCAAAGAUGGGUACAAACACUCACACAAAUCUUUAAGUAUCUGAGAUACUCAGGUUGAUAAGGGACUGCUGUCCAGCGCCGUGGCUGAUGACACCUGAUGAAGGUUCCCUCCUCACAAAGGUUCCUCCAGCUGCGUCAUGGAGGCCUCUAGUAACCAGUGCAAGCGCACAACUUUAAUGCUUUGUGAGACACACAGGGGGUUUUAAUGUGGUUUCAGACUACAGAUAGAAAGUGAGUGUGAUGUAAACGGAGCUCAGUGUUUACUCGUGUCCCUCCCUCCCUGAAGUGUUGUUGAAUCCUCCGGUCUUCUGCUCUUUCUGAUUAAAGCUCGGCUCAGCAUCA